AUGGGUCUCAGCAGCUGGAUUGACAAUACCAACCUUCGGGUUGCCCGCAGUCCAGUGGGGAAAUGGUUCCGUCUAGACGGCUGUGGCCAUCCUAAAGAAAGGAAGGAUAGCUUCUUCUUCACUGAAAUUCGCGCCGGCCUUGCCACCUUCUUUGCCAUGGCAUACAUCAUCUCCGUGAACAGCAACAUCACCUCUUCGACUGGUGGAAACUGCGUUUGUCCCGAGGAGGAUAUGGGAAACUUCUGCUUAAACAAUGCCGAGUAUGCUCUCUGCACGCAGGAGAUCAACCGUGAUCUCGUUACCGCCACCGCCGCCAUCGCCGCUCUCUCGACGUUCUGCAUGGGAUUCUUCGCCAAUCUGCCGAUCGCGCUCGCACCUGGAAUGGGACUGAACGCAUACUUCGCCUACACUGUUGUUGGUGUCCGUGGUAACGGCAUGGUUUCUUACUCGACAGCCCUCACCGCAGUGUUCGUCGAGGGAUGGGUAUUCCUGGGUUUGACAUUGAUCGGUAUGCGUCAGUGGCUGGCACGUGCGCUGCCAUCGUCUAUCAAGCUCGCCACUGGUGUCGGCAUUGGUCUUUACCUCGCAUUGAUUGGUUUGACCUACAGUGCCGGUAUUGGAUUGGUUCAGGGUGGCACUGAUACACCGAUCGAGUUGGCUGGAUGCCCCGAUGGAGCGUUCGACCCGAAGACUGGACUUUGCCUGAGCAGCGAGAAGAUGCGGAGUGCUACUAUGUGGAUCGGUAUCUUCUGUGGCGGUAUUCUAACUGCUAUGCUGAUGAUGUACCGCAUCAAGGGUGCUGUUAUCAUUGGAAUCUUGCUGGUUUCUAUCAUCUCUUGGCCCCGCACUACGCCCGUCACCUUCUUCCCCUAUACCGAUCUGGGAUCGAGCAAGUUUGACUUCUUCAAGAAAGUCGUCACUUUCCACCCUAUCACGCACACUCUCCUUGCCCAAGAUUGGAACCUCGCGGGCAAGGGCGGCCAGUUCGGAUUGGCUUUCAUCACAUUCCUGUAUGUCGAUAUCCUAGAUACCACCGGAACCAUGUACUCGAUGGCCCGAUUUGCCAACGUCAUCGACGAAGAGACGCAAGAUUUCGAAGGCAGCUCCAUAGCCUAUAUGGUCGACGCCAUCUGCAUCUCUAUCGGCUCCCUCUUCGGCAGCCCCCCAGUCACAGCAUUCGUCGAGUCCGGCGCCGGAAUUUCCGAGGGAGGCAAGACCGGUCUAACAUCCUGUGUUACCGGUCUCGCAUUCUUCGUCGCCGUGUUCUUCGCCCCCAUCUUCGCUUCCAUUCCACCUUGGGCCACGGGUUGCACGCUCGUGAUUGUCGGAGCCAUGAUGGCCAAGUCCGCCCAGGAUAUCAACUGGCGUUACUACGGCGAUGCUAUUCCCGCAUUCCUCACUAUCGCCAUCAUGCCGUUCACAUACAGCAUUGCUUACGGCUUGAUCGCGGGUAUCACGAGCUAUAUCACCCUCAAUGGGAUCGCUUGGAUACUUGAGAAGGUUAGCGGUGGUCGCAUUGUCCCGCCUAAUAAGGAGGAGUCGGAUCCUUGGUCCUGGAAAGUCAAGGGUGGUAUGCUUCCGCCGUGGGUCAACCGUGCUGCGCAUGGAAAGCGUGAUUUCUGGAAGGCCGAUGAGGAGUAUGCGACGCAACAGGCUGCUGCUGGAGAGGGUGUUUCUCUCUCUUCCGCUUCGGUGGAGCGUGUCGCUACUGAGAAGGGUCAGCAGACUGAGACUGCGCGAUCAGUGAAAUCGGAUUGA